AUGGAGGAAUGCCUGGGAAUGGAUAUUGGACCGAGUAGGUAUGAGGAGUGGAGCUCUUGGAUGGUUGGAAAGCCUAAAGGCCUGAAGCAAAAGGUAGCUGCUGCAGCACUGGCAGCUGCUGUGUAUAUGGUGUGGUGGAACCGAAACAAAUCAACCGAAGAUGCUUUUCAGCAACUCAAACAAAUCAUGUGUAGUGCACCAAUUUUGGCAUUACCCAACUUUGAGAAGGAUUUUGUAAUUGAGUGUGAUGCUUCUGGCAGUGGAGUAGGAGUUGUGCUACUACAAAAAGGUAUACCAAUAGCAUACAUAAGCAAGGCCUUGGCACUCAAAAAUUUGGGUCUUUCUACAUAUGAGAAGGAGAUGAUGGCUGCUCUAACUCCACCGCAAAAAAAUGGCUUACUAAAUUGGCAUGUUACGACUACAAAAUCAUCUACCGUAGCGGCAAAGAAAAUGUGGCAGCAGAUGCUCUUUGAAGAUUGCAUGAGGAGAAUAAUGAUAGCAAUAUCAUUUCCUAUAGCAGAUUGGCUGGUUGUGUUACAAGAUGAAUGGAACAAGGAUGAGAAAACUCGUAAAUUAAUUCAAGAGAUUGCCCAAGACCCUAAUUCACAUUCCAAAGAUGUUGCCCAAAUCUUCUUGGACAAUGUCUACAAACUACAUGGAAUCCCUCAAACUAUAGUAAGUGGCAGGGAUCAUAUUGUUACCAGAGAAUUUUGGGAGCAUCUUUUCUCUCUGCAAGGAACUCGGUUACUGAUGAGUACCUCUUAUCACCCUCAAUUUUAUGGUCAAAUAGAGAUUGUUAACAAAUGCUUGGAUAAAUAUUUGAGGUGCAUGACAAGUGACAAACCUAGGGAGUGGAGUAAAUGGUUGCCAUUAGCUGGAUGGUGGUAUAAUACUUCAUUUCAUUGCUCUUCGAAGAUGAUGCCACUUGAGGUGGUUUAUGGUCGGAAGCCUCCCACUUACACUCCUUACAUACCUGGUGAAACUUUAGUUGUUGCAGUGGAUCAAGCCUUGUGA